UGAGCUCUCAGGCAGAGACGGGGGGGACGUACCCAGACACACACACGCACCGAGCCAGGACAAAGCGGGGAGCUGGCUGUGGGGCUGGGGCGCACGGAUCCCCGCGGGGCUGCUGGCCCAGAGGCGAGGCGGCGCUGGCUGCUCGGGGACCGUCCCUCCAGGGGCCGGGGGUCGCCGCGAUGGAGCAGAGAGGCGGCGGCGGCGGCGGCCGGGCUGCGCGGCGGCUGCUGCUCGGGGACAAGCGAGGACCCCGCCCGGCGCCGGCAGCUGUAGCAGCCCGGGGCGCUCGCCGCGCCUGAGCCGCCCGCUCCAUCCCCGGUCAGACCCGCGCUGCGGACCCGACCCGGCAGCAGCCCCGCGCCCGGGGCCAUGAGGACCAGACCCCCCUAGCGGGAGCCAGGCGAGCGGCGGAGGGGGGGGGGGAUGCCCCGGCCCCCCAGCGAAGUCAGGCGAGGCGGAGACCGAGCCCCGUCCGGGGGGGGCCCCCAGGGGCGCAGGGAGUGAGCCCCGCCCGGGCACCCAGGGGCGAUUGUCGGCGGGCGAGAAGAAGGGAAGGCGAACGUGUGUGAGGGAGGCGGGAGCUUUCCGGGGGCUCGUCCCAGCUCCCACCCAGUGCGACGAUGAGUGCUGGCUCGAUCGAGCAGGAGCCGUCGCGCAAGCUGGCCUGCUGCGGAGUGCCCCUGAUCACCGAGGACAUGCAGUCGCUGGCCAUCCGCACCCUCUCCGGCUCCGACAUCAACAAGCACUAUGACCUCAUCCGCGAGCUCGGCAAGGGCACCUACGGCAAGGUGGACCUGGUGUCCCACAAAAGCACAGGCACCAAAAUGGCGCUGAAGUUCGUGAACAAGAGCAAGACGAAGCUGAAGAACUUCCUGCGGGAGUUCAGCAUCACCAACACGCUCUCCUCCAGCCCCUUCAUCAUCAAGGUCUUCGACGUGGUCUUUGAGACUGAGGAUUGCUAUGUCUUCGCUCAGGAGUAUGCGCCUGGCGGGGACCUCUUUGACAUAAUUCCGCCACAGGUGGGCCUCCCUGAGGACAUGGUGAAGCGCUGUGUGCAGCAGCUGGGCCUGGCCCUGGACUACGUGCACAGCAAGAACCUGGUGCACCGGGACAUCAAGCCGGAGAACGUGCUGCUCUUUGACCGCGACUGCCGCCGGGUCAAGCUGGCCGAUUUCGGCAUGACCCGCAAGGUGGGCUGCCGGGUGAAGCGCAUCAGCGGCACCAUACCCUACACGGCGCCCGAGGUAUGCCAGGCCGGCCGGGCCGAGGGCUUCGCGGUGGACACCAGCAUCGACGUGUGGGCCUUCGGGGUGCUCAUCUUCUGCGUCCUGACCGGCAACUUCCCCUGGGAGGCAGCCGCUGCCUCGGACACCUUCUUUGAGGAAUUUGUGCGGUGGCAGAAGGGGCGCCUGGCAGGCCUGCCAUCCCAAUGGCGGCGCUUCACAGACAAUGCCCUGCGCAUGUUCCAGCGUCUCCUGGCCCUGGACCCCGAGAAGCGCUGCCCCGUCAAGGAGGUCUUCUACUUCAUCAAGUACGACCUGAUGUCGGAGGUGCGCCGCCGGCCCUCCUACCGCUCCCGCAAGCAUGCCGGAGAUAAGCUCUCCGCCGGCCCCCAUCGCCAUGAGACGCCCAGCUCCUGCACCCCCACCCCGCUCAAGAGAACCAUCCUGACGGAAGGCAGCGGCCCCCGGCUCUCCGCCUCCGAGCCAGGCCUGUCCUCCCCGGGGGGAGCUAGCCGGACGGACGGGCGGCAGGACAAAGGCAAAGGGCAGAUGGUCUUGGCCACAGCAAUAGAAAUUUGUGUCUGAUGAGGGCUCAGCGGGAAUGAGGGGGCAGCUGGUCAUCAUGACGCUGCUCCGCUCUGUACAGCCUGCAACAAUGAUGUCAGCACCCCUGCCUCCCCGCCCCACUGGCGAAUGGGGUUCAGGGGGGAGGGGAUUCCUUUUUUGUGUGAAAAGGGACCAGGAGCCAUGUCUCCCGAAGCAAAAAAUACUCACACUGCUAGUACUCACUGAUACCGAGGCUGCGACGUAUAGCUAACCCCUGGAGGAAAGGCCAGAGUGCAGACAUAGAGCCAGGCAGAAAGGCCCCGGCUUGGUGGCCGGGAAGGACCCUGUGUGGCAUGGUGGCCCCUCCCCUCACGUCUUCCAUGAUUGGGCUGGGGGCUGCUUCCCCGGGCACUCUGCACUGCGCCCCCCCUUUGUCAGUGGGGCAUGGGAGGAGCUCUGAGGCUCUUCCCAUUGUUGGGGGUGGGCAGGGACUUUCACAGGGAUGAUAGCGGGAAGACACAGGGGUGCGGGAAGGAGGGAAUCGGCACCCAGUCUUGGACAAACGGAUGGGUGACCAUCUUGUGAGCAGCAGGGGCUCAGCAGGGAUGUCACAGCCAUCGGGCGUGUGGGUGGGG